AUGGAGCAGCGCCCCCUCCCCCCUCCCCCCUCUCGUCUUUUGUUGUUGCACCGUCACGUGGCUCAGCGGCGCCAGCCAAACAGCCAUGCAGCACAGGAAGAAGGAAACGUCUGCUCACAGUGUGGGAAGAGCUUCAGGUUCCUGAGUCAUCUCAAAAUACACCAGCGCAUUCACACAGGAGAGAAACCAUAUCAAUGCUCACAGUGUGGAAAGAGUUUUAAUACACAGAGUGAUCUCAAAAAACACCAGCGCAUUCACACUGGAGAGAAACCGUAUCAGUGCUCACAGUGUGGGAAGAGUUUUUUUACACAGUCUAGUCUCAAAAUCCACCAGCGCAUUCACACUGGAGAGAAACCGUAUCAGUGUGCACAGUGUGAAAAGAGUUUUAUUACACAGGGUAAUCUCAAAAAACACCAGCACAUUCACACUGGAGAGAAACCGUAUCAGUGUUCACAGUGUGGAAAGAGUUUUAAUCAACAGAGUGAUUUGAAAAGACACCAGCGCAUUCACACUGGAGAGAAACCCUAUCAGUGCUCACAGUGUGAGAAGAGUUUUAAUCAACAGAGUGCUCUCAAAACACACAAGCGCAUUCACACUGGAGAGAAACCGUAUCAGUGUUCACAGUGUGGAAAGAGUUUUAAUCAACAGAGUGAUUUGAAAACACACCAGCGCAUUCACACUGGAGAGAAACCCUAUCAGUGCUCACAGUGUGAGAAGAGUUUUAAUCAACAGAGUGCUCUCAAAACACACAAGCGCAUUCACACUGGAGAGAAACCGUAUCAGUGCUUACAGUGUGGAAAGAGUUUUAAUCAACAGAAUGAGUUGAAAAGACACCAGCGCAUUCACACUGGAGAGAAACCGUAUCAGUGCUCACAGUGUGGAAAGAGUUUUAAUAUAAAGAGUAAUCUCAAAUUACACCAGUGCAUUCACACUGGAGAGAAACCUUAUCAGUGCUCACAGUGUGGAAAGAGUUUUAAUACACAGAGUCAUUUUAAAAUACACCAGCGCGUUCACACUGGAGAGAAACCUUAUCAGUGCUCACAGUGUGGAAAGAGUUUUAAUACACAGAGUCAUUUUAAAAUACACCAGCGCGUUCACACUGGAGAGAAACCGUAUCAGUGCUUACAGUGUGGAAAGAGUUUUAAUAUUAAGAGUAAUCUCAAAAUACACCAGCGCGUUCACACUGGAGAGAAACCGUAUCAGUGCUCACAGUGUGGGAAGGGUUUUAAUCAACAGAGUGCUUUCAUAAUUCACCAGCGCAUUCACACUGGAGAUAAACCGUUUCAGUGCUUACAGUGUGGAAAGAGUUUUAAUAUAAAGAGUGAGCUUAAAAUACACCAGCGCAUUCAAAGUGAAGAGAAACCGUAUCAGUGCUCACUGUGUGGGAAGAGUUUUAAUACAAUGAGUGAGCUUAAAAUACACCAGCACAUUCACAGUGGGGAGAAACUGUAUCAGUGUUUACAGUGUGGAAAGAGUUUUAAUCAACAGAGUCAAAACACACAAGCGCAUUUACACUGGAGAGAAACCAUAUGGGUGCUCACAGUGUGGAAAGAGUUUUAAUAUACAGU